UUCAUAAUUGUUGUAAAUUAUUAUGGAUAUAUCAUGUAAAUUAUUGUAUAUUAGAAGAUGCUUUCCUCUUUCCUAGUUUUAGGGGAUCCAUGUUUUAAGGAGGACUUUAAGGGUCCUUGUUUUAUGGAGGAUUUUAGGCUAUAUGUUCCUUGCCUUCCACUAUAUAUGUAAUCCAUUUCUCAUCUAUGGAUGAUAGAGAAAACAGAAAAUACUACACUCCCUCUCUGCAUCAAAACUCUCUCUCUCUCUCUCUCUCUCAAGUUCUUUGAAGCAAAACUCUCUCCAUUUUCUGAAACAUUUCCAUUUUACAACACGUUAUCAGCACGAAUAGCUCUAGGAUUCGGAUUGCAGAUUGACAAGAGAAGAGGUGAAUAACUCUUGGGUUGCAGAGAAGAGGUAGUUCAUCAUUCAAUCAACAUCAGUCUACAAGCUCUACAACCAAAGAAUGUCAAAUCUCAACAAGCUUGACUUUGUCGCUUUGGAAGUUUCCGGAAGGAACUAUCUCAAGUGGACCCAAGAUGUCAAGCUUCAUCUGACUGCAAAUAAGAUGAGAUCAACGAUUAUUGCUGACAACAUCACCCCUGAAGACAUGAAGGCAAGAGCUAUGAUUUUCAUCAGGAAACAUAUGGAAGAAGCACUCAAGGUGGAAUAUUUAGCUGAAGAGGACCCACGAUCUCUUUGGGUCGCUCUAGAAGAGCGAUUCAACCAUCAAAGAGCCAUCUACUUGCCGGAAGCAAGACACGAUUGGCAGAACAUACGCUUCCAGGAUUUCAAGACUGUCAAUGAGUAUAACUCUGAAAUCUGCCGGAUUCGGUCACUCCUAAAAUUCUGUGGAGAAGAGCUCACAGAAGCUGACCUACUGGAGAAAACUUUCUCCACCUUCCCUCCUUCCUGUAUGGUCCUGCAGCAACAAUACAGGGAAAGAAACUUUGCUAGAUUCUCUGAAUUAAUCACCAUCCUGUUGCUCGCUGAAAAGAACAACAACCUACUUUUGAGGAAUGAUCAAGCAAGGCCCACCGGUACUAGAGCAAUUCCUUUGCCUGAAGCAAAUAUUAUUGCCCAUCACGAAAAUAAUCGUGGAAGGAGGAACCGGGGCCGUGGAAGGGGAAGAAGGUCUGAACGUCCAAGGCAUGGACGAAGAAAUGGACCCAGAAAUGGCCCAUAUGACCGCGACCACCCAGGCAAUGGCCCAAGGGGUCGAGGAGGACGUGGACAAGGCCCACGUGGUGGAAACCGAAAUGCCCAAGUCCGACAGGCUCAAAUUAGAGAGAACCCUGGUCCGGCCCGUCGCCCUCAAAAUCAGCAUAAUCUAUGUUAUAGAUGUGGAGGCACUGACCAUUGGUCCCGCACCUGUCGUGCAACAGAUGAAGAGAUAGGAGAGUAUCACGCCAGACGCGGAACUCAAGAGGCCAACCUUGUGGAAGAGUCAGUCCCUAUGGAUACCACCUUGGAGAUUACUGAUUUCCAAGCAGCUAUGGAUACCACCUUGGAGAUUACUGAUUUCCCUAUGGAUACCACCUUGGAAAUUACUGAUUUCCAAGCAGCUAAUGGAUACAUCGAGGAUUGAAAACUCGAGGACAUGGACAUAAUAGGCACUUGUGCCAUAUCUAUGUUAUUGUUAUGAAUAAUGCUUUCUAUUUUUCAGUUUA